AGAGACAUGUCCAUCACACUGAAACAAACAUCACAUGUCUCACCCUUUGCCAAAAGCCACCACAAGUUUUUGUCAAUACCCGAUUCUCUCUUUUAUUCCCACAGAUUUUUUUGUUUCUUUUUCAUAUCAUACAUAUCCUUUCUCGAUCUCAAUCUCUUCCUUAUUCUUCCAAGAUCCCAGACGAAAUGGCUCAGUGGUGUUGAAGGUCUUAACCAUGACGGAUGAUAAGACCAAGCAGAAAGCCAUCGAAGCUGCAGCUGAUAUCUUCGGAGUUGAUUCGAUAGCAGCAGAUAUGAAGGAGCAAAAAUUGACAGUGAUAGGUCUGAUGGAUGCGGUUGCGGUGGUAAAGAAAUUGAAGAAGGUUGGCAAAGUCGAUUUGAUAUCGGUGGGGCCGGCAAAAGAGGAGAAGAAAGAAGAGAAGAAGGAAGAAAAGAAAGAGGAAAAGAAAGAGGAGAAAAAGGAAGAAAAGAAAGAAGAAGAACCCAAGAAGUAAAUAAUUCAAUGGAAAUUAUAAAAACUAAACGUUUCAUUGAAUAAUUUAAGAUGUAAAAUUAAUUGUUCAAUACACAUUUUAACAAAACUAAGGGUUGAACAUUUAAAGGAAACAACCAAAAUAUAUUGCAUCCAGACCAAACAAA